GGGAAUACCAGAGGAAACUUGCAAAAGUAGUUUCAGAAAUUCAAAGAAAUUUGAAGAAACUUUUGUAAUCUGACACUUCCUGCAUGCCUCCUUCCCUUUGACUGCUGAGUCUGUAGCCACCAGCCUCACACAGCCCAGGUGCCCUCCUGCUGCCCAGGGGCCCUGUCCCAGUGCUACUAAAUAAACUUACUAAGUUGCACUGUCAGCGGUUCUUUCUUGACUGUGAAACCCCUGCGUGAGUUUUGGGGGCCUAUACAGGGACAACACCAAAAGGAAUUUGGGAGAUUCAGUACUGCUGGGUAAGUCUUCUUCAUCCCCAGUCUUUGUUACCUGUUCUUUUUCAGGGAUGUCCUGAAUAAUAUGACCCUUUGGAAUGUGCCUUGUCCGAGUGCUCAGGAGAGAACCUCCUUCCUGUGGCUACACUCCAGGGAGGGACAAACGCCUGCCACCCGGCUGGACACUAGUACCUUGGCUGUAACAGUGCUGGCUCAGGCUCUGCCUGCUUUACCCAAUCUUUCAAUACUCGUAUUCUUCUCGGGCACAGGGUGGCCAUACAUGUCAUCAGGACGGCCGCCGAUCUUGACUCUCAUAUAAGGUUCCCUCCUAAAUAACCCUGUGCGACCCCUCCAUGAACAUAAAACCCAAUAUACAUCUGACCCCGUGCUUCCUAGAAGGGACCAGUGGGAGCUGUUACCCAGUUGGGGCCUUUGCCCAACAGGGUGCCACUCAAUCUGAGCGCAGGACCCGGAAUGCCAAACAGCCCACGGGCACCCCAGACACAAUGGCCCUGGUGUCUGCUGAUUCCCGCAUCGCAGAACUUCUCACGGAGCUCCAUCAACUGAUCAAACAAACCCAGGAGGAGCGUUCGCGGAGUGAGCACAACUUAGUGAACAUCCAGAAGACCCAUGAGCGGAUGCAGACAGAGAAUAAGAUCUCUCCCUAUUACCGGACAAAACUACGUGGGCUGUACACGACCGCCAAGGCUGACGCGGCUGAGUGCAACAUCCUCCGGAAAGCUCUAGAUAAGAUAGCGGAAAUCAAGUCUCUGUUGGAAGAAAGGCGGAUUGCGGCCAAGAUCGCGGGCCUGUACAACGACUCGGAGCCCCCUCGGAAGACCAUGCGCCGGGGCGUGCUGAUGACCCUGCUGCAGCAGUCGGCCAUGACCCUGCCCCUGUGGAUCGGGAAGCCUGGUGACAAGCCCCCACCCCUCUGUGGGGCCAUUCCAGCUUCUGGGGACUACGUGGCCAAGCCCGGAGACAAGGUGGCCGCCCGGGUAAAGGCUGUGGAUGGGGAUGAGCAGUGGAUCCUGGCUGAGGUGGUCAGUUACAGCCAUGCCACCAACAAAUACGAGGUGGAUGACAUUGAUGAAGAAGGCAAAGAGAGACACACCCUGAGCCGACGGCGUAUCAUCCCGUUGCCCCAGUGGAAAGCCAACCCGGAGACGGACCCGGAGGCCUUGUUUCAGAAGGAGCAGCUUGUGCUGGCCCCUGUACCCCAGACCAACUGCUUCUACCGUGCCCUGAUCCACACGCCCCCCAGACAGCCCCAGGAUGACUAUUCAGUCCUGUUUGAAGACACCUCCUAUGCAGACGGUUACUCCCCUCCCCUCAAUGUGGCCCAGAGGUACGUGGUAGCUUGUAAGGAGCCCAAGAAGAAGUGAAGCGGGCUGGCAGACUCCCAGUCUCCCACCACCCUCACAGGGGAAUGCAGCAGAAGAUUUCAUGGCAAAUAAAUAUUGUUCCCCUUUGCCCAUGUCUCCUUGGUUUUGUUUUUCCAGGCCCUUCUCCCCUUCCCCAUAACAGGGCAGGUUGGGGAAUUGGAGGCUGUGGGGGAGAUAGAUUUGUUUGGUCCCAGUGGGCAUUUCUUUUUUGUUCUUGGCUUGCAUUAAAGACUCUUGAUGUAAUAAUA